UGUUCUCCGGGGAAUGGCGUAGCAUAGGAAGAAAUAUGGCAUUCCCACUGCACAUUGCAUCCAGGCUGGGACAGGUCGACGAAGUUAAAAGAUUACUCCAGUGUGGCGAAGAGGUCAAUGAAAGAGAUUUGGAUGGAAACACACCCAUAUAUAAAGCAACAGAUUACAACCACGUGGAAGUAGUAAAGUGUCUUCUGGACGCGGACGCAGAUACAUCUCUCCCAAACUCAGAUGGGAACACUCCUUUAUAUAAAGCGUCAUGGAAAAACCACGUGUCAAUUGUACAGGUUCUUAUCAAGGCAAAGGCCAAUGUCAAUUCACAAAAUAAGUCUGGCGACACGCCAUUACAUACGGCAUCACUUAACUUUGGGGUGGAUGUAGUGAAGUGCCUUCUAUCGGCCGGAGCAGACCCGAACAUAAAGAACAAGUAUGGUAAUACACCUUUAUAUACAGCGUCGGGGAAUAACCAUGCGACAAUGAUGAAAUAUCUUGUACGUGCUGGCGCCGACAUUAAUCAUCAAAAUAAGAAAGGAAAUACAGCACUGUAUACCGCGGCAGGAUUCAAUUGUGUUGACACCCUAAAGUACCUCAUCCAAACUGGCGCUGAUUUAAAUAUUCAAAAUGAGAAUGGUAACACGGCAUUAUACAUGGCAGCAUGGAACAAUAACACAGAGGUGAUCAGAUGUCUGGUUCUGGCUGGUUGCCUUAUAAAUGUACGAAAUAAGGAUGGGUACACCGCUGUUAAUGCGGCAUGUCAUCAGAAAUACAGUGAAUCGGUGAGGUGCUUGCUUAGGGCAGGUGCAGACAUAUCACUGAAGGAUAAGGAGGGCAAACCAAUAAUAAUGGAGAUGAUCGAAUAUUUUGGCUUGUAUGAGACGCUAAUGUUGCUAUCGGAAUCUACAUACAUGAAUGAUCCUCAAAGAACAUCAAAUCUGAAUCUAUGUAUCUGUGAAAAACCAGAUGGAACGACAGAAACACUGAAUCUCUUAGAAGACGAUGUUAAUAGGCGUUUUCCAUUACCCAUUGAGGAUGGUUGUCACGUAUCUGUAGUUAUACAUGGAAUAGAGCAUGUUCCAAAACAGGUCAACACAUUUCUGGAAAAUCACACUAUUCACACGUUGAUCAUUAGUAAAAGUGACAUCACUGACAUGGACACAGUACGAGUGUCACAUGCCUUGGGCAUUUCCCGUGCUUUAUCAUUCGACCCAACAGCAAUUAUGUCAUGGCUGUUGCCGACAGUAAAAACUAUUUCUUGCAUCGGUGUAGAUAUACCAGUACCAUGGUAUCUAAAUUUCCCUGGAUCACUACAUAGUUUAAAUAUCCGAAAUUGUUCUCUUAGGGCAAAAGCGCAUGAUUCAAAAUUAUCUUCUGGGAGCAAGAAUACGUCAGAUUCACUGACACCUGAAAAGUAUAUUCAUGUCUGUUGUGAGGGUCUUGUAAUGCUGUGUUUGCGUAACAAUGGUCUUGUAAAACUACAGGAGGAUCUCGGACUAAUUUCAGGCUUGUCUGAAAUUGAUGUCCGUGAUAACUGUAUCCAAAGAAUUCCCCCGUCCAUUAGUUGCGCAACCAAUUGCACUGAUAUCAAGAUUCAGGGCAAUCCGGUAGCAAAUAUUCCAUGUGAUAUAAUAGGGGAAGGUAGAGUUUCCAUAAUGUCAUAUUUAAAGGAAUUUCUGUCCAAGUCUAGAGUGAUAAAUGAUUCAGUGAAGAUGGUUAUUGCUGGUCAUGAAGGUGCUGGUAAAACCUCACUCCUUAGUGCACUGAACGACCACUCAUCUCCUGUGGAUAAAACCGAUGGCAUUGAUAUUUCAGAAAUUCACCUGCGAGACAGCGGGAACAAACUUAUUGUGUUUGACUUUGCAGGUGAUGUUGAUUUCUUGGAAUCGCAUUCAUUGUUUCUCACAGAUGAUACAAUAUAUGUUGUUGUCUUUGAUCUCAGUAAAUUUGCUUUAGGCGAAGUGUCACGUUCUAACAUAUGUAUGCACCAGUUGGGAAGGGUGGUGUUGUGGUUGCGAACAAUCAACACUUCUGCACCUAAUUCACGUGUUAUACUUGUAGGAACACAUGCCGACGCCCCUAUGCUGGCAACAACAGUGUUGAAUCAUAUUUGGCAACAGUUUGCUGAUAUUUUCAACAAGGCGCAUGUAUCUCACCGCCAAAGCCAUCGCAUGAAUAUCUUAACAGAUUGCAUCAUGUGCAGUUAUACUCAUAAUCCCCAGCGGCAGAGCUCUUUCAAUGGAUUGGCAGGAUAUGUGGAAUGUGAAGCCCGUGGUGAAACUGUCCCUCAACAAGAAAAAGAUGAUGCAUCUUCAAAUGGGGAUAAUCUUUUCUGCUUUCCACAUAUAGUGGGAUAUUAUGAAGUCAGUAGCACUAUGGCUUUCCCUGCCAAGGUAUUAACCCGUAAAAACAGAAGUAUCAUUCAGUUGAAAGCUGCAAUUGAGAGAGUGGCUUCUGAAAUGCUAAGUGUGCAGUCCGAAAUCCCCCAGACAUGGCACACAUUGCAAAAUACACUUAAAGCACGACAAAUGAUUAACCCAUCACGACCAAUACUAACAUAUUCAGAAUAUCAAACAAUUGCAUUUGGUAUUGGCAUCAGAACAGCAGAGUCUUUGCACCAUGUUACUAGCUUCCUAGGUAGCAGAGGUUGUAUUGUUUACAUCAAACCAUCACAUCAGAAAGAAGCUAAAAGUAUUGUUAUUCUGGAUCCACAAUGGCUAGCGAAUAUACUCAGGAUGCUGAUUUCUUUCAGUUCCACGUUUAUAGACGACUUUGGUGUUCUUAAUGUUGAGGACCUUCAUAAUGCAUGGGGUCACAUCGACAAACAACACCACCAUCCAUUACUGUCUCUACUGACAGCAAGCAGGAUCUGCUUUCCGUUUGACAGCAUAACCCGUGAGUGUGGGAUGAAUUUUACAAAGUUAAUCUUUCCUUGUAAAUUGCCAAUAGGUGAGCCAUGCUUGGAUGAUUGGCAUGCAUAUCCCUAUCCUGGUGAUUGCCAACUCAGUUAUUUAUACCAAUUUGACUUCUUACCGCCCGUCUUUUUCUGUGACACCAUAGUCGGGGUAAAUAAGGCAAUUAGCUUCAUAGAUGAUCCAAUCUUGUACCGAAACAAUAUGGUGUUUCGAACGGAGGGAGUCAGGUUGAGUUGCAACAGGUGUUUUGGCCAACGGUCAGGAAAUUCGUUGCAUGGUAUCCGUCUUCAGCUUUUGUACCAGAGCAGCAGCAUACUUCUCACAGUGAGAGGUAAAAAUGCAUGCUGCGUCAUACUUAGUAUUGAUGCAAUAAUAAGGGAAAUAUCUUCCCGGCCAUCUUACAGCGGUGUCAUCAUGAAGUCAUCACCGGCAUGUCCACUGUGUGUGGUGAAACGUCACGAUCCACCAGGACGCAUUCAAUCUACAGAGUCAAAUGUAGCAUACGUUUGUUCUCUUUACAAGGGUCAUAUGUUUGAUAGUUGGGAUGAGUUGAUUCACUGCCAUGGCAUUCAGCGUCACGAUAUUAGCACGCUCUUAACCCUCAAAGACGACUUUGAAUACCCACGAUUGUUUCUUAUUCUUCCUAUAAACACGGGUGGUAUGUCAACCACGGAAAUCAUUAAGAAUAGCGCGUUCUCUCAUUUCCAGGAUGGUUAUGCUGUUCAUUUGCUCUGUGAAUUUGCAGGCAGUCCACAUUUUAUUAAUUCACUUGGGUACAGAAUCUAUAACGUAAAAGAAUUUGUCAAAGUUUAUGGCCCUCACAUAUGCAAAGUGUUGAUCCUACUACAGAAAGUAGUUGGGCUCAGCACAUCCGUUGCUCCGAUUGAUUGCGUCCCUGUUGGUAAGACUGUUUUGACGUCAUCCACAAUGACACUCGGUAGAGCCAAAAAUCUUCUUACAAACUACCUACAUGAUUUUGAAGCAGAAUGUCCCGAAAUAUCCAAGACGGUGAAACGACCUUUCGAGGAGAAUAUAAACGAAGUGCUGAGGUGCAAGCAUACAACCAAACGUAAAGAAUUUGUUCGAUUCCUGGGUAAAGUUGACGAGAACCGCCGGUUUGGAGAUCUGUUCCCAAUUUUGCAAGGAGAAAGUGUUCAUUGGCUAUGUGAGGAACAUGCAAAUAUAUCAAAAUGA